AUGAGUUCCUCCGAGGAAGAUGAUAUUGUUCUCUCCAGAAUUCCAAAAAAGAGACACAUAAUAAGCGAAAUGACUCCUCCCACUUCGAUUGAUGAGGAUGAUAUUCCAUUGAAAAAUAGUGGAAAACGCAAAAACACUAUAGCUGAAGAUGACGACUAUGAAGAAGAUGUUCCAUUAGUCAAAAAGGCAAAAAAAGCGAAUGGCAGUGCUUUGAAAAAAGUGAAAAAGGAACCUAAAACUCCAAAGAAAACGCCGACUACACCUAAGGCAACCACCACUAAAGCUAAGGCCGCAGACAAGAAAACUACUCCUAAAGCAACACCAAAGAAGGAAACCAAAUCUGUUUCUGCCACUCCUAAAUCCCGUAAAGUGGCCAUCAAAGAGGAAUCAGUCAAACAAGAAACUCCAAUGCUGUCACAAGAGGAUGAAGAAAAAUACAAAUGGUGGGAAGCCCAAGAUUUGGACGGUGAGCAAAAGUGGGAAAGCCUUGAACACAAUGGUGUUAUGUUUCCUCCAGAAUAUGAACCCCUUCCUUCCCACGUUAAAUUAUACUAUGACGGUAAGCCAGUGAAUUUACCACUCCAAGCCGAAGAAGUAGCUGGUUUUUACGCAGCCAUGUUGGAAACUGAUCAUGCCAAGAAUCCAGUUUUCCAAAAGAAUUUCUUUGAUGAUUUCUGUCAAGUCUUGAAAGAAUGUGGAGGUUGUGGUGUUGACAUUAACGAUUUCACCAAGAUGGAUUUUUCGAAAAUGUAUGCCCAUUUUGAAAAAUUACGAGAAGAAAAGAAAUUAAUGAGCCGUGAAGAAAAGAAGCAAAUUAAGUUAGAAAAGGAACGCCUCGAAGAACCAUAUAAAACAUGUUAUUUGAAUGGACGUAAAGAGCUCGUUGGUAACUUCCGUAUUGAACCUCCUGGUUUGUUCCGAGGCCGUGGGGCCCAUCCUAAAACUGGUAAAUUGAAAAGAAGAGUUAAACCAGAAGAUGUCACCUUAAAUCUUGGUCGUGAUGUGAAAGUCCCUGAACCACCUGCUGGUCACAAAUGGGGAGAAAUUCGUCACGACAACACAGUCACCUGGUUGGCUAUGUGGAAGGAAAACAUUGCUGACUCAUUCAAGUAUGUUAGAUUUGCUGCUAGUUCUUCUGUCAAGGGUCAAUCUGACUUCAAGAAAUUCGAAACUGCAAGGAAUUUGAGAAACCACAUUGAUGCAAUUCGAAAGGAUUAUACCGAAAUGCUCAGGUCGGAAAAGAUGCAAGAUCGACAAAUGGCCACUGCUACUUAUCUUAUUGAUGUGUUUGCUCUUCGUGCUGGUGGUGAAAAGGGUGAAGAUGAAGCUGACACAGUAGGGUGUUGUUCAUUAAGAUUUGAACACAUUACAUUAAAACCACCAAACAAGGUUAUCUUUGACUUUUUGGGUAAGGAUUCUAUUCGUUUUUACCAAGAAGUUGAAGUUGAUAAGCAAGUAUUCAAAAAUUUAAGAAUAUUCAAAAAAGAACCUAAACAACCUGGCGAUGAUUUGUUUGAUCGUAUAAAUCCCCUGAUUUUAAAUAAGCAUUUCCAAAAUUAUAUGAAGGGAUUGACUGCUAAAGUGUUCCGUACUUACAAUGCAUCUAAAACCAUGCAAGAUCAAUUAGAUUUGAUUCCUAAUGAAGGUACAAUUGCCGAAAAGGUGGUUAAAUUUAAUGCUGCUAAUAGAACUGUUGCUAUUUUAUGUAAUCACCAGCGUUCCGUCAGUAAGAAUCAUGGAACUUCUGUUCAAAAAAUUAGUGAUAAAUUGAAAGAAUACAUGUGGCAAAAGAUUAGAUUAAAGAGAAUGAUUUUGGUGCUUGAACCGAAAUUAAGAAAGAAAGAUCCCGCCUAUUUUGAAGAGAUUGAUGAUUUAGUGAAAGAAGAUGAAGAGCAUAUUCACCAUACCAUAAUCAACAGACAACGGGAGCAAGUUAUGAAGAAGUUGCAACGUGAUAACGAAAAAUUGAAACUAGAAAAGAAACCCUUGCUUACUGAAAAGGAUGUGAAGGAUAAAUUGGAUAAAAUCGACGAAUUAGAAAAAGAGUAUCGUCAAGAGUUAAAGAAGGGCAAACCAGAAGUCAAAUCUAAUAUGACUGUCGAGAAAUUGAAACAACAAGUUGAAACCAUUGAAGCUAGAUAUGUUACAACUUCCUUACAAUUAAAGGAUAAGGAAGAUAACUCUGAAGUUUCUUUAGGUACGUCGAAGAUGAAUUAUAUUGAUCCAAGAUUAACGGUAAUGUUCUCGAAAAAGUAUGGUGUUCCUAUUGAGAAAUUGUUUACCAAAACUUUAAGAGAUAAGUUUAAAUGGGCAAUUGAAUCUGCAGAUGAAAACUGGAGAUUUUAA